AUGGGCUCCAUCCCAUUUUGCACCCUCUAUUGCAUCAUUAGCAUAGCAACAGCCAAUAUAUUUGAGUAUCAGACCGAUUCCCAGCCGCUGCGUCCUUGUGAACUUCAGAGGGAAGAGGCUUUUUCAGCAGGAGAAGCCUACGUUCCUCAGUGCUCAGAGGAUGGCCAGUUCAGGACAGUCCAGUGCAGUAGGAAUGGUCUUUCCUGUUGGUGUGUAGAUGAGAAUGGUGUUGAGGUUCCUGGCAGCAAACAGAAUGGAUAUCCCAUAUCUUGCUUGUCCUUUUGCCAGCUGCAAAAGCAGAGGAUCUUGGUGAGCCGAUACAUCAAUGGCAGCAGCAUCUCCUACAUCCCUCAGUGCCUGGAUUCAGGGGCUUUUGAUGAGGUGCAGUGUGACAUGGAGCUGGGGCAGUGCUGGUGUGUGGAUCCAGAAGGAAUGGAGAUUUAUGGCACUAGACAAAGAGGAAAGCCAGCACAGUGUCCAGGGAACUGUGAGAUCCGAGAUCGUCGCAUCCUGCACGGUUUUGGGGAGAAGAGCCCACCACAGUGCUCAGCAGAUGGAGAGUUUCUGCCUGUCCAGUGCAAGUUUGUCAACACAACGGACAUGAGUGUUUUUGAUCUUGUUCAUAGUUACAACAGGCUCCCAAGGGCUUUCCAGAAAUUCAGCUCGGUGAAGGAAACAUUCCCAGAGAUCUCUGGGUACUGUUACUGUGUGGACAGCCUGGGGAGGGAGUUAGCAGACACAGGCUUGGAACUGCUGCUUGAUGAAGUUUAUGACACGGUUUUCUCCGCGCCGGAGCCUGCGCGCACGUUCACGGAGAGCAGCAUCCUUCGGAUCCUGCAGAGGAGAUUCCUGGGGGUCCAGCUGGCUACCUCUGGCAAGUUCAGGUGCCCCUCGAGGUGUGAGGCUGAGCGUUCUGCAGCCCUGCAUUUCCAGCACCCCUUCGUGCCGUCCUGUGCCGCCAGCGGGGGCUACGAGCCCCGGCAGUGCCACCAAGGGGGACAGUGCUGGUGUGUGGACACCCAGGGACAGGAGAUCCCGGGCACGAGGAGGCGAGGACAGCCCCCAGCCUGCGGUGAGGAGCAAUCGUGCAUUUCCAAGCGCCGACGGGCUUUGUCCAGGCUCCUUUAUGGCCCUGCUGGGUACUUCAGUCAGUCCAGUUUGUUUUCCACACCAGAUAAGCAGUCAGACAAAAUUGAUGGCUUUUCAAGACCCUGCCCUCCCUCUUUCAAGGAGCUGUUUCUGGACUCUGGGUUGUCAUCCCCACUUGCACCAAGGCAGACUCCUGAGCUGGAAACCAUCCUUAGUGAAUCCAUCCCAGGGAUGUUCCCAUCGAGGGACCUGGCCCGAGUGGCACUGCAGUUCACUGCCAAUCCAAAGCGUUUCCAAGAAAACCUCUUUGGAGGAAGGUUCUUGAAGAAUUUGAUCCAGUUUAACUUCACAGGGGUACUUGGCACUAGUGGGAAGUACAGCAUUGGCCAGUUUUUCCCACAGGAGGAUGUGUCAGAGAUGGAUAAUGGCCAAGGCCCUCUGCAAUCAGCUGAGGAAUUUUCCCUGGAGGUAUCAAAGGGGAGCUCCAUCUUGAGUAAACCUCUUGUGGGCAGCUUUGGCCGCACAGUAACUCUGCAGGACAAUCAGAAUCUGAUGAAAUUCCUUUCUUCUGUCCUGGAACUACCAGAGUUCUUUACUUUUCUUCAACAAGUAAUUUCUGUCCCCAAAAGCAUUGCUGAAGAUUUAGGUGAAGUGGUGAAACUGGCACUGGGAUCCAGAGACUGUGGUGAGGAGCCAAAGGACCUGUUUGUUCCAGCAUGCACCAAGGAGGGGAGGUAUAAGGAAGUUCAGUGCUAUGCAGGAGAGUGCUGGUGUUUGGACACUUCAGGCAAGGAGGUUCCAGGCUCAAGACGUCAAGGCAAGCGCCCGAGGUGUCCCACUGAGUGUGAGAAGCAAAGGAGAGACCUGAAAAACCUGAAGCAAAGCCUGCCUGCAGGAUCAGAUCUCUUCAUUCCCUCUUGUACUGAGGAUGGAGACUUUCUGCCACUCCAGUGUUAUGGGACAAAUUGCUUCUGUGUCGAUUUGAAUGGCAAGACUAUUCCAGGAAUAAGGGGGAAAGCUGGAAAGCCGAUGCAAUGCCCAAGUGCUUGCCAAGUAACAGCUGGUCAGGAGUUUCUGAAGGCUGUGAAGCUCCUGUUGUCAGAUCCAAGUGCUGUGCCUCAGCUGUCCAGCCUUCACCUCCCUCAGUGUGAUGCUGGGGGUGGCUGGAGGCAGGUGCAGUGCAGUGGCCCCCCCGAGCAAGCCUUCGAGUGGUACGACAGGUGGAUUGCAGAGAACAACCAAGGCAAGCCCCUGCCUGUUCCUGACCUAUUGAACAUAAUAGCUGGCUAUAAAGAGGCGUCCUCUGGAGACUUUUCAGCUUUUGUUAAAGCUUUGUAUGAGGCUGGGCACCAGAAUGUCUUCCCCACGUUCUCCAUGUAUUCCUCCUUCACGGAUCUCCCACCUCAAGUGCUGAAAGGAAACCUGAGCAGUGCAUCUGAGAACAUUUUGCUGGACCCAUAUACGUUCUGGCAGCUUCUGACUGAGCAGCUGAGCUACUACCCAGGACCCUAUUCUGAUUUCAGUGCUCCAUUAGGCCACUUUGAACUUCGUGAUUGUUGGUGUGUUGACAGCAAAGGAGGAGAGCUGGAAGGAACAAAGGCAGGAGUGAACCAGGUUCCAGCAUGCCCUGGUGUAUGUGAAAGUGUGAAGCAGGAAGCCAUGAAGUUUAUGGAGGAGGCAGAGCAGCUCAUGCUGGCCUCAAACGGGUCCCAGUUCGCAGAGAGCUUCUUGCUGGCGAAGGGGAUGCAGCUCGGGGACAGCGACCUCCUGCGCUCUGCUGGGCCCUAUGGGCUGGGGACAGGGCUCUCCCAGCAGCUGCUGUCGGGCAGUGACCCUGCUCUCCAGCUGGCUGCAUGGUCAGUCCUGCACUUCUACUGGCAGAGUCACUUUACUUCAAAACGUUCUUCCGGGGAAGCAGCACAGCUGGGAUUUCUCCCUUACAUCCCUCAGUGUGAUGGCCUGGGAAACUGGGAGCCAACUCAGUGCUAUGAGAGCACAGGUCAUUGCUGGUGUGUGGAUGAGAGAGGACGUUAUGUCAUGGAUUCCUUGGUCUCACGCUCAGCAGAACUUCCCAAAUGCCAGACUUCCUGUCAGCGAUCUCGAGGCAAUGCCCUAAUUUCCAGCUGGAGACAGAGCAGUGCAAAGCUGGACACCUCUACAGCUGAUCUGUUCAUCCCCAGCUGCCUUGAGACAGGAGAAUACACUGUGCUGCAGAGAUCUGACACAGAUAUUUGGUGUGUGGAUCCUGUGUCAGGAGAAAUAUUCCAGCGUGGCAGCAAAGGCUUGGAUGGCAAUCCUGAAUGUCCCAGUUUCUGUGACAUGCUGCAGUCCAGAGCUGUUUCACGAGAAGCUGCCAGAGGUUACAUCCCACAGUGUGAAGGGGACAAGGGGAGUUUCUCUGCUCUGCAGUGCAGCCAGGACCAGGAGAGCUGCUGGUGUGUCUUUGGCAGUGGAGAAGAGGUGCCAGGGACACGAGUGAAUGGGGGAAGACCAGAAUGUUGUGCUCUGCCCUUCGGUGCCUCAGCAGUUGCCAAUGGGGCUGUACUUUGUGAAAACAUCCCUGGGCAAGCUCCAAGCAUCCAGCAGUGCCAGCUCAUCUGUCGCCAGGGCUUCCACAGUGCCACUCCCAGCACCUCAUCCCAGUGUGACACGCGGCAGCGGCGCUGGGUCUCGGCUGCCCCUCUGCUCCACGCCUGCCAGAAGCUCCAAUUAUUUCAGACAGUCCAAGCUCAAACACACUUUCAGCUACGGCUGCCUCCUGAGAAGACAUGUAGUUCUGACUACUCUGGGUUACUCCAGGCAUUCCAGAUAUUUAUUUUAGAUGAGUUGAAGGCUCGUGGUUUAUGUCACCUCCAGGUAAAUGCAUUUGGAAAAACUGGCUCAGUGUCCAUGUGUGAUGAUUCCACUGUCUAUGUGGAAUGCCUGAGCGUGGAUCGCCUGGGAGUGAACAUCACGUGGAGGACUCAGCUGGAAAACAUCCCCACAGCUUCUCUCCCUGACUUACAUGAUAUUGAAAAUGCAAUUGUUGGGGAAAAUCUCAUUGGAGCAUUUAUAAAAGAGAUUAAGGAUGGUGUUUUUCUGCUGCAUUUGGAUUCCAAGCAGUUCCAGGCAGAUUCUGUCAUUGAUUUUCCCCGGGAUGAAGAGUUUGAUUUGUCUCCCCGUGUGCAGCUCGGAUGUGGAAGCGGGUUUCGAAGAAUUUCAUCCUCUGGAAAAGCAGGCCCCAGUUCACAAGGAUGUGGUAUGACUCAUUUUUAUGAGCUGCUCCUUAGCCUGGAUUUUGCAGCUUGUUCCCCUGGUACACAGAGGCCCAAAUCCAUUGUUUGUCCUCCAGGCAGUUAUUUCCAGGACAAUGAAUGCAUUCCCUGCCCUCUUGGCUACUAUCAGUAUCAGACAGGACAUUCCUUCUGUAUCAAGUGUCCUGUGGGCAAAACUACCAACUCCUAUGGGGCAAUCAGUGCUGAUCACUGUGUCACACCCUGCCAGAGCAGUGAGCAGGGCCUGCAGUGUGAUGAAGAUGGCCAGUACAGACCUGCCCAGCAAGACCCUGACACCAAGAAAUCCCUCUGUGUCGACAGCUCUGGAGCAGCGCUGGGCUGGACGGAAACAGAGGGUCUCCUGACAGAUGAGCAGUGCUUGGACUGUGAGAGGGAAGAUGCCUGUGGCUUUGCAACUGUAAGUCCUGCUGGUACUGAAGUGCUCUGUGCAUUGUACAGUGCUGCUGAAGCCAACUUCAACUGCACCACCUCUGGAUUGGUCCAAGGUGUCUUGGGGAACCCUGCUGCCACUAGCAUCAGUGGCCUCAGCUGCUUGCUUCGUGUCAGGAAUCCAGAGGGAGAUGCACUGAUGGUCUAUUUGAAGAGAGAACAGGAAUUCAGCUCCUCUGGACUGAAGGCCUUUGAGAGGACUGGUUUCCAGAACGUGCAGUCGGGAGUGUACAGCUCCAUGCUGCUCUGCAGACAAGAGUGCAGCCAGGACUCCUGCUGUGAUGGAUUCAUCCUGAGCCAGCUCCUGCUGGAUGGAGGGACCAUUCUGUGCAGUUUGCUGAGCUCCCCAGACGUGCUGAUCUGCAAUGCCAAAGGCUGGAGUCCAACACCAGCCUCAGCCAUGGCUGGGAUGUGUAAUGGUGUGAGCUAUGACGAGAAGGAGAAGAAGUUUUCCUUCACCCUGGGAGGACAAGUGUUCAGUGGAACUUCUCAGUUGAUGGAAGAGGCAGAAAGAAAUUUCACUACCUUUCAGGAAAUUUACCUGUGGAGAGACUCUGAUAUGGUCACCCGGAUGAAAACCUCUUUGUGUGAGGCUGCUGUUUUGGAGACAAAGGAUGAUCUCGUGUUAUCAGAUUCCACAAAGGAUCUUUUCUACCUAAUGGACAACAGCCAGAUACAAAGUGACCAGAACUAUUCCCUCCCUUACCAGCAGUAUUGGGUCUUCAGGCAGAAGUACUCAGCUGAGGAAGCUCUGCUUUGGUGUCUCACACGCUGUGCAGAAGAGGAAGAGUUUUGUCGAAUGGCAGAUCUGCAAAAUGCCACAGACAAAUACUUUGUGUGUACCCUCUAUCCAGAGGCACAGAUUUGUGACAGCAGCCUCGACCAAAUACCAGGAAACUGUGCAACUGUGCUACCCUGGCAACCACAGACACUGUUCCAUAAAAUAGUCACUCUUAAAAGUUCUGUGAAGAGCUUCUACACACGUGUACCAUUCCAGAAAGUAACAGAAUUCUCAGUGAGGAAUAAGACUGACAUGAGCAGAAAAGCUGUUUCAGAUGGGUUUUUUGAGUGUGAGCGUUGGUGUGAUGCUGACCCCUGUUGCACAGGAUUUGGCUUUUUUAAUGACUCCCAGCUGUCAGGUGGAAAGAUUGUGUGUGUGACUCUGAACAGCCUUGGAAUCCAGACAUGUGCUGAGGAAACGAGAAGUGCUUGGCACAUUUCAAAUUGCAGUUCACCAGAUGCUGAAGUGAAAAUACACCCAUUUGGCUGGUAUCAAAAGCCUGCUGACUUGAAGAGCACCAUUCCCAACCUGUGUCCACCUGUUAGUUUACCUCUCAGGCCAGAAAAUGAGUAUAUGGAUGCAUGGCAACCCUUAAAUGUGUCGUCUGUUCUCAUGGAUUCAUCCAUCUCCAACUUUGAAGUUGUACAUGUUAGCAGAGAUAUAUCCAAUGACUUCUCCACUGCCAGAGAUUUUUGCCUAUCUGCUUGCUCAAAAAACCAGUCAUGUACAGUGGUUACACUGGAAUUCCAGCCUUCAGCCAUAAGGUGCAUUUUCUACCCUGAUACACAGAUAUGCACACACAGCCUGCAAGGGCACAGCUGCUGGGUUUUACUCAAAGAACCUGCUGCCUAUAUCUACAGGAGACAAGAUUUACUCCUGCCCAUUUCUGAAUCGGAUUCAACCCCAAGAGUGUACAUCCCAUCCCACGGAUAUCUGAUGGGCAAAUCCCAGGUGAUCCACAUUGGCUCGGAGUGGAGGAACAUCAGCCAGUUCCUGGGGAUCCCUUAUGCUGCCCCUCCCCUUGGGGAGAGGCGCUUCAGCCCCCCAGAGCCCUUUGCUGGGGUGGAAAGCUGGAAUGCCACGGUGGCUCGGGCAGCAUGUUGGCAGCCAGGAGAUGGAGAGGCCCCAUCACCGUCUGUCAGUGAAGACUGUCUGUAUCUGCACAUCUUUGUUCCUGCCACCACUGUCAAAAACAUGUCAGUGUUGCUGUUCUUCCACAAUGGAGGGAGUUACAAUGCUGAGGAGGGAAAGACAACCCUGGAUGGGUCAUACCUGGCUGCCAUUGGUAACAUCAUCGUUGUGACGGCAAACUACCGGGUCGGUGUCUUUGGCUUCCUGAGCACUGGCUCUGCCGAGGCCCGUGGGAAUGCUGGCCUUUGGGACCAGCUGGCAGCUCUGAGGUGGGUGCAGGAGAACAUUGCCAGCUUUGGGGGUGACCCUGGCCGCGUGUCGCUGGGAGCCGAGCGCGGCGGCGCGGACGCCACCAGCAUUCACCUGCUCUCAGACACAGCAGCCACAGAGCUGUUCAGGAGGCUGCUCCUGAUGGGAGGCUCAGCUUUUUCUCCAGCAUCUAUAAUUACUACAAGGAGAGCACAGAUCCAAGCAGCAGCCCUGGCUGAAGAUGUGGGAUGUCCUUCAUCCACCAGUGAGGAAAUUGUAGCCUGCCUUCGCCAGUUGCCUGCUCGUGUCCUCAAUGAUGCUCAAACUAAGCUGCUAGCUAUAAGUGGCCCAUUCCAGUACUGGGGUCCAGUGAUGGAUGGAAUUUACCUCCGGGAACCUUUGGCUAAAGCCCUGCAGAGCCCUUGGCUUCGGAAAGUAGAUCUGCUCAUUGGAAGUGCUCAACAAGAUGGUCUCAUCAGCAGAGCCAAGGCAAUUAAGAAAUUUGAAGAAAGCCAAGGGAGAGCCAACAGCAAAACAGCCUUUUAUCAGGCUCUGCAAAAUUCUCUAGGAGGAGAAGAAUCCAACUCGUUAAUUGAAGAUGCAGCUACGUGGUAUUACUCCCUGGAACACUCAACUGAUGAUUAUUCAUCCUUUUCCAGGGCGUUGGAAAAUGCCACCCGUGACCAGUUUAUCACGUGUCCCAUCAUAAACAUGGCAAGUCACUGGGCUGCUGCCUCUCGAGGAAAUGUCUUCAUGUACCACGUACCUGAGAAUGAAGGCCAUUAUGCUGUGGAGUUCCUGUUGGAUGUUCAGUAUGCAUUUGGUCUACCCUUUUACCCGAAGUAUGAAGUACAAUUUACUGAGGAAGAAAAGGACCUUUCGUUGAAAAUUAUGCAGUAUAUCUCCAAUUUCAUAAACUCUGGAAAUCCAAACUACCUGCACAGUUUCUCGAGAAGAAUGUUGGGGGUGAUGCCUGCCUGGCCCAUGUAUCUGUCAAGUGAUGAUGGUGAUAACUACAAGGAAUUCACUGUUUCUUUGCCGACUCUUAAAGGACUGAAAAAAGCAGACUGUUCCUUUUGGUCUGAUUAUAUCAGAAGGCUGAAAGCAUCCACAGGUGAGAAGAGUGUUUUCUGA